CAGAGGUUGUAUGGGUUUGUGACGUGCUUGGUUGCUGGCAUAACUUGCACACUUUUGUCCAUGCUUGUUUUCUUCAAUCCCAUCAAGUUUGGAGUAACAUUCUCCUUUGGAAAUUUGCUUGCUCUUGGAAGAAGCAUUCAGCAUCAGUUCUAUCAUCAUUAAAUACUCGGCAUCUACCACAAUAUCCCAAGUGCUUUUCAGAUACUUUUUUGUUUUUCUUGAUAUUUAGGAAAAAGACUGCUUAUUGAGAAUAGAAGUCUACCUGUUAUUGUUGCUACUGUUUAUUGAGAAUAGAAUUCUGCUGGUUAUUGUUGCUGCUAUUGUUAUUACAGUUUUGACUCUGUAAUUUUUUAUUUUAUUUUAUUUUAUUUUUGACAAACUUGUGUUUUACCAUUUGGAUUUUUCUACUUUUGGCUUUGGAUGGAAGAGCUAUAUCCAUUUUUAUAACCAACCGACCAUGGAUGAACUUCCAAAGUUUAUACAUUUCAUUUAAUUUCAAUUUUAGCAUGAAGUUUGAGAUUACUAUAAACACAAUUUUCAGUGUAUUUUUGGAAUCAAUUAGCUGACCACAACUGUAAUAAUAUCUUAAUUUUAAAAAGAACACUGUCAUGGAUUGGGCCAUUCAUUUUAUUUCAUGUAAUUGGGCUUGUAUUAUUAGUGGGUAGCCCAAGCCCUUUACUAUUAGGGUUAUUCUAUAUUAUUUUGUUGGGACGAUGAACGAGGGUUGUGAAUUGAUGAAUUGAAUCUCGCCUUGCUGCCGGUCGUCUUCCUUCUUCUUCUUCUUCUUCUUCUUCUUCUUCUUCUUCUUCUUCUUCUCUUCCUCUCUGCUUUCUGUGUUUCUCCCUUUCUGGUAAGCUCCUUCUUCUCCUGCUUCGUCUUCUCCUCUUUUUCCCUGUUUUCUCUCUUUUUUCUCUUCUUUCAGUUCUUCCUCUGCUCUUUUCUACUCUUAAUCUGUUCUCCAAUUCUCUGUUUUUCUCUCUCUGCUGGUCUCUAUCUCUCUCUUUUAUAUUUGUCUUUUAAUUGUAAUUCAUUGUAAGGCAUUGUAAUAGAAUGAUCGAUUAAGGGAAUGAAUGUGUUGAUUUUGGUUGGAGAUUAACUGGUUCUUAUUAAUAACUUCAGUUUAUAUUCCUGCAUUUGAGUAAUUGCAAUUCAUACUCUGUAUCUCGAGUCUCUCUACUGGUUAUUAGUUGAAGUUGAGCUCCAACCAUAACAAAUGGUAUCAGAGCAAUACGAGAGUUGGUAAAUGGGAGCUCUUGGUCAAAAAUCAGGAAGAACAAUUUAAAAGGUUUGAAAAAAAAAUCGGGAGUUAUGAGCGUGAUUGGAAAUUCAUGGGAUCAAAUGUUGAAGGGGUUCAGUUCUAGGCAAGACAGGAUGGAGCAAUUGAUGAAGGAAAUGAACAGAAAAAAUGAAUUGAUCAUUUCAAUGUUAACUAAAAUGGUUGAGGCCAAAUCAAUCUUCAAAGAUCAAUCCAACCAUUACAAGUGUUCUGUUGUUGACAGAGAUGAAAUGGCUGUUUCUGAUAUUGGGGAUUUAGAACUCGGUAAAAAGAGUUCAGAAGGGCAAGUUCAUGAAUUAAAUGGUGAUAUGGGAGUUGUUGCAACCCAGUCAGUGGAGGCUGUGUAUUUUCCACAUUUUGGGGGAGAAGGACUUAGGGAAUGGCUAAGAGAAGCCAUGAAAUAUUUCCAACUUAAUCAAACUCUUGAUGAACUUAGAUUGGGAAUUGGUGAGAAGUACUUGAAAGGGAAGGCUUACUUAUGGUUUUAUGGAUUCAUUGCAAACCAUCCUAGGGCAGAUUGGGCUAUCUUCUCUAAAGAGUUGUGUAAGAGGUUUGCUGAGAAUACAAGGGAAGAAGUGUUUGUUGAGGGAAAUACUGGAAUUGAGGUAGCAGAUACAUUGAAAGGAGAAGUUGCUGUUGUAGUAGAAAGCCUUGUGAAAAAUGUUGGGAAUCCUAUUUUUGUUACUGGUGAUGAUUGGAGAACUUUUUAGGCUAUUGCUAAGGAGGUUGGCAUUACAUAUGGUAAGGCAAAAGUGAUACCUAUAGGGAAAGCUGAUGCUAUUCUGUCAUUCCAGAAGGGUGGUAAAAUGGUUGGAGAAGGGGAAUUUAAUGCCACACUAAUUCAGCCUGGUGAUGUAUUUGAAGUAAUUCUCAAUUCAAAGAUGCCUGCAAAUGAAUACACAAUUCAGAGUCCGAUCGAGGAAGAUGAAAAUAGAUCCCUUGUAGAUAAAUAGAAAAAUUUUGAGAAAGAACUGAGGCCAGAGGAUAUGACUCCUGCUGAAGAUGCCAUAUAUGAGUCUGAAGAAGAGCACGAUGGGACAUAUACCAUUUUGCAUUACUUGCUUAAUCCAAGGAUGGUGAAGAGAAUGAAGCGGCUAAUUUCAUACAAAGAAGACAUCUUUACUUUGAACCUUGAGAACAAGGUCAAUUUAAGGGGAAGGGAUGCCAUGGAUUGGGCCAUUCAUUUUAUUUUAUGUAAUUGGGCUUGUAUUAUUAGUGGGUAGCCCAAGCCCUUUACCGUUAGAGUUGUUCUAUAUGAUUUUGUUGGGACGAUGAACGAGGGUUGUAAAUUGAUGAAUUGAAUCUUGCCUUGCUGCCGGUCGUCUUUCUUCUUCUUCUCUUCCUCUUUGCUUUUUGUGUUUCUCCUGAUAAGCUCCUUCUCCUGCUUCGUCUUCUUCUCUUCUUCCCCGUUUCCUCUCUUUCUUAUCUUCUUUCGAUUCUUCCUUUGCUCUCUUCUACUCUUAAUCCGUUCUUCAAUUCUCUGUUCUUCUCUCUCUGCUGGUCUCUAUCUUUCUCUUUUAUAUUUGUCUUUUAAUUGUAAUCCAUUGUAAUCCCUUGCAUUGUAAUAGAAUGAUCAAUUAAGGGAAUGAAUGUGUUGAUUUUGGUUGGAGAUUAACUGGUUCUUAUUAUUAACUUCAGUUUAUAUUCUUGCAUUUGAGUAAUUGCAAUUUAUACUCUGUAUCUUGAGUCUCUCUGCUGGUUAUUGGUUGAAGUUGAGCUCCAACCAUAACAAACACUUUCAUUGUAAUAUCUCUAAUACUCCCUGCACCCUCUUAGGAAAUUAAUUUUGGAUGUGCAGCUAUUAAACUUCCCUUCCAAAGAGGAUACUAAAAAACAUAUCUUUAUACUGACAAAACAAGAAAGCUCAGGACAUAUAAGUUUGAAAAGAACGUGCGAGGAUUUUCUUUGAAAUUGAAUAGGAUGUGCGAGGAUUUUCUUUGAAAUUGAAUAGGUUCACCUAUGAAAUAUUUGGUGGUUGAUAUAUAAGAGCUGUAAUAGUCUCUGCCUUAACAAUUAUGUUUUCUGCUUGUUCGACUCUAAUAGCGUUAAGACAAUGGGCUCUCUCAGAUUCACUGUUAUAAUUAUGCUACCAAUUGUUGAGUGCCCAUUAAUUCCACAAAGAAAUAUUGUGUCAAUUCUUUGACCAUUUGUUGUUAUGCUAUAGGGCACUGUGUUUCGAUUUCUUGAAGAUAAUUAAGAAUUUGAUGUUCAACUAUCAGCCAGCAUUACAUUUGGGAUCAUUAAUUUUCUUUUGCUUGAAGUGAAUUCUAUGAUAUUAAGACAUUCUGAUUGCCCAUAAUUUUGUGCAAAAAAUUACUAUGAUGAGUUGCUUCAUUAUAGUUUUACACUGGUGGUUUGAAGCUCCAGAGCCAUUAUUAAAAAAGCUGGAAACUCUUGCUGCACCCAAUCUAGAUUAUAUCUUUAGAGUAAUGAAUAAAGAAAUAUUCUCUUUUGAAUUGCAAAUAGUUUUGAGUUUAUAUAGAUCAAGAAUUUGAGAAAGAGGUAUAACUGGAUCUUCUAUCCUUCCUCCCAUUGGAUGAGAAAGAAAAUGAUGAUUGUAGUUUGAGACACGACAGCUGCUUGAUAAAAUAUGGGAAAAUUGGUUAGAAUAAUUUUUGUUAUUGAAUAUUUAAAAUAACCUUGUAAGUAGCAUAUUAUCUCCAGAAGUGAGACUAACUUUGAAAGGGACCAGAUGACUGCUUUAUCAUGAAAAUUAUUUAAAUUUCUUCAAGAGGUUGAUGAUACACUAGGUUUUGAUGACAAGUAGUAGUUAUAGAUAGUAUAGUAGUACUGGCGGCUUCAUUCUCGAAGCCACAUAGGUUUCAGAAAAGGGAUUACUUUUUUUUUUUUUUUAAUAAAACAAUAAUCAUCUUCAAACCGAUCAAGGAAUACAUAUUGUAAAGUAUUUUUGGAUUUUGCAUGAUAUAGCUUGGAUAGCUUCUCUUUGAAACUUCUUGUUGAUGGAAAAUCCUAUUUUCUUUUUCUUUAUUUUUCUCUAUUAAGAACUCACUCGAGGAGAUUUAUAUUAAUAGAGAAUUCUCCAGAUAUAACAUAACUGUUCUGUAUGAUUGUGCA